UCGGAGCUGAUGGAGAGACAGCACGCAACUGGAAAAAAUUCAGACGUGGAUUUCAUGGAUCAAAUGGGUAUGAAUCAGUCUCAGGUUUCUUCUCUUGUCAAAACAUCUUGCUUAGUUUGUUUAACAUAUGUGAUUAAAACACUCUCAAGCCAUUAUUUGAAUAUAUAGUUUUGUCACUUAUGAUGGCAAUUUUGGGGACACAUUACUGCUUUAUCUUUUAAAAUAUCUAUUCCUGUCAGUUUAUUUUUACGUUUUCUUUCUUUUUUGAGGUAUUCCUCCACAUAAACAUUCACCUGUAUUUUCUCUGGAAAUUUAAUUAAUUAAUUUCUUUUACAAUUAACUCUGCAAUCUGUAUAGUAUUCAUUUUAAAUGUGUAGUAUAAAAUAGAAUCUAAUUUUGUGCCUUUUCCAGAUAGGUUGCCAAUGGUUUCAGCAUUGUGAACUGAAUAACACAACCUUCUUCCACUGAUGUGAUGUGUCAACAGCUGUUCUCCCAUUAGAUAAGGUGUAGCUUUCCAAAGGUCGGCCAUUUUCUCUCUACUCAAGAUGGUUACAUUCCAUUAUAGUACUUUUACCUUCUUGCUACAUCCAGCAGCCUGCUAAAGCACUGUGUUUAUAUUUUUGCCUUUCAAGAAUCCUAGUUCUAUGUAGUUUAGAACAGGUAUUUUCAAACAGGUUAUGUAUAUAAUGCAUAUAUGUUAUGUGUGUUUGUGUAUAUAUAUAUGUUAAAUAGUUAAAAAUCUUAAUAAUUAUUUUUUAAAAUUAGAAGUUAAGGAGUCCAAUGACAUAGAAUACUGCUCCAGAUGGUAUUCCUUUUGGAUGCUCUUGACAUUCCAGUUGCGCGUUUAAAAAGUACUUCAGGGAUUAAUGCUUGUUCUAAGGUUUUUCUGUUCUUCAGGUAUUUAGAGAGGUAAAGCUGUGUGGAUUCAGUUCCUGGAAUUUUCUAGAGAGAAAUAAGAGGGAAAUGUAAGAAAUGUAUGAGAUGAAAAAACGUUUUCAAUUAUGUUGCUGGCAGUACAAUGAUCUCAAUUUAAAGGAUGGAGGUGAGUUUUGGUACUUGCUACCACUGUCAUUAUCUCUUGAGACAGGAAAACAUGGCUAUGGUCCAUUUCUUUUUACUGCAAGUGGAAGGGUCAAGACACAAAACAUGGAGGCUUUUAGUAGGAGGUAAGUUAAAAAGUAACAGAAGUAUUUGACAGUGAAAAAUCACCUGCUGUUCUCUGUUGUACCCCUUACUCUCCAGCACAGCGUUUUCCCCCACCCAGCGACUUCAAAGCACUCGUCUUCUCUGACUUUGGAAGGAAAGGGAGGACCUGGGAAGAUUGAGACAGCUCACGGUGCAAAAUGGAGAAAGGGCUUCAUGGCCGGUGUGCAUUUGCCACCUAGUGACCAAAGGUUUCCAGUGGUGCCAGUAUCAAGGUCUUCCAACAUCUCCAGGUCUUCCAGCAACUGCAAGUCUUCCAACAAUAUCAAGGUCUUCCAGACAAUCCUGAACUUCCAGAAAAUACAUGUCUUCCAGACAAUCCAUGUCGUCCAACAACCUCCAAGUCUUCCAGAAAAUCCAGUCUUCCAUAAAAUCCAGACCUUCCAGGAAAAUCCAUGUCUUCCAGGAAAAUCCACGUCUUCCAGAAGAAUCCACGUCUUCCAGUACAAUCUAUGUCUUCCAGAAAAAUGUCUUCCACAAAAUACAAGUCUUCCCAUCAAUCCAAGUCUUCCAGAAAAAAAUCCUACGUCUUCCAGGAAAAUCAGUGUCUUCCAGUCAAUCCAGGUCUUCCAGAAAAAUCCAGGUCUUCCAGAUAAUCUAUGUCUUCCACCAGUUGAAGUCUUCCAGAAACUCAAGUCUUCCACUAAAUCCAGGUCUUCCAAUAAAUCCAUGUCUUCCAAUAACCUCCAGGUCUUCCAGCCAAGAUAGGUCUUCCUGAAGAUGUACGUCUUCCUGAAGAUCGAUGUCUUCCAGAAACUUCUCAGUCUUCCACAUAUUCAUGUCUUCCAAAUAAUCUUGGUCUUCCAGAUAAUUCAGAUCUUCCUGAAAAAUCCAUGUUUUCCAGAAAAUUUAUGUCUUCCCAAUAUCUAUGUCUUCCAGUAAUGUUCUGGUCUUCCAUCAAUCUAUAUCUUCCAGAAAAUCCAUGUCUUCCAUCAAAUCCAUAGCUUCCAGGAAGUCCAUGUCUUCCAGGUAAUCGAUGUCUUCCCAAAUUUCUAUGUCUUCCCAAAAAUCCAGGUCUCCCCCAAAAUCCAAGUCUUCCCAAAAUCCAGGUCUUCCCAAAAAUCCAUGUCUUCCCAAAAAUCUACAUCUUCCUGAAUAUCCAUGUCUUCCUGGAAAUCCAUGUCUUCCUGGAAAUCCAUGUCUUCCUGGAAAUCCAUGUCUUCCUGGAAAUCCAUGUCUUCCUGGAAAUCCAUGUCUUCCUGGAAAUCCAAGUCUUCCCAAAAAAUCCAGGUCUUCCUGAAAAUCCACGUCUUCCAAAAAUAUCCAUGUCUUCCUGGAAAUCCACGUCUUCCUAAAAAUCGAUGUCUUCCUGAAAAAUCCAGGUCUUCCUGGAAAUCCAUGUCUUCCUGAAUAUGUAUGUCUUCCUGAAAAUCCACAUCUUCCUGGAAAAUCCAAGUCUUCCCAAAAAAUCCAGGUCUUCCUGGAAAUCCAUGUCUUCCUGGAAAUCCACGUCUUCCUGGAAAUCCAAGUCUUCGCCAAAAUCCAGGUCUUCCUAGAAAUCCAUGUCUUCCUGGAAAUCCACAUCUUCCUGGAUAUCCACGUCUUCCUGGAAAAUCCAAGUCUUCCCAAAAAAUCCAGGUCUUCCUGGAAAUCCACGUCUUCCUGAAUAUGUAUGUCUUCUGGAAAAUCCAUGUCUUCCUGGAAAUCCAUGUCUUCCUGGAAAUCCACGUCUUCCUGGAAAUCCAAGUCUUCCCAAAAAAUCCAGGUCUUCCUGGAAAUCCACGUCUUCCUGAAUAUGUAUGUCUUCUGGAAAAUCCAUGUCUUCCUGAAAAUCCACGUCUUCCUGGAAAUCCACGUCUUCCUGGAAAUCUAAGUCUUCCCAAAAAAUAAAGGUCUUCCCAAAAAAAUCCAUGUCUUCCUGGAUAUCCACGUCUUCCUGAAUAAGUAUGUCUUCUGGAAAAUCCAUGUCUUCCUGGAAAUCCAUGUCUUCCUGGAAAUCCACGUCUUCCUGGAAAUCAAAGUCUUCCCAAAAAAUGAAGGUCUUCCUGGAAAUCCACGUCUUCCUGAAUAUGUAUGUCUUCUGGAAAAUCCAUGUCUUCCUGGAAAUCCAUGGCUUCCUGGAAUUCCACGUCUUCCUGGAAAUCGAAGUCUUCCCAAAAAUUCAAUGUCUUCCUGGAAAUCCUGUCUUCCUGGAAUUCCACGUCUUCCUGAAAAUCUACGUCUUCCUGAAAAUCUACGUCUUCCUAGAAAUCCAUGUCUUCCUGAAGUCCAGGUCUUCCUGGAAAUCCUCGUCUUCCUGGAAAUCCAUGUCUUCCAAAAAAAUCCAAGUCUUCCUGAAAAUCCAAGUCUUCCAAAAAAAAAAAAAUCCAGGUCUUCCUGGAAAUCCACGUCUUCCUGAAAAUCUACGUCUUCCUGAAAAUCCACGUCUUCCAGGAAAUCCACGUCUUCCCGGAAAAUCCAAGUCUUCCUGAAAAUCUACGUCUUCCUGAAAAUCCACGUCUUCCAGGAAAUCCACGUCUUCCUGGAAAAUCCAAGUCUUCCCAAAAAAUCCAGGUCUUCCUGUAAAUCCACGUCUUCCUGAAAAUCUACGUCUUCCUGAAAAUCCACGUCUUCCAAGAAAUCCACGUCUUCCCGGAAAAUCCAAGUCUUCCCAAAAAAUUGAUGUCUUCCUGGAAAUCCACGUCUUCCUGAAUAUCUACGUCUUCCUGAAAAUCCAAGUCUUCCCAAAAAAUCCAGGUCUUCCUAGAAAUCCAUGUCUUCCUGGAAAUCUACGUCUUCCUGAAAGUCCACGUCUUCCUGGAAAUCCAUGUCUUCCUGGGUAUCUAUGUCUUCCCGGAAAUCCAAGUCUUCCUAAAAAUCCACGUCUUCCUGAAAAUCCACGUCUUCCUGGAAAUCCAUGUCUUCCAAAAAAAUCCAUGUCUUCCUGAACAUCCAUGUCUUCCCGGAAAUCCAAGUCUUCCAAAAAAAAAUCCAGGUCUUCCUGGAAAUCCACGUCUUCCUGAAAAUCUACGUCUUCCUGAAAAUCCACGUCUUCCAGGAAAUCCACGUCUUCCCGAAAAAUCCAAGUCUUCCCAAAAAAUCCAGGUCUUCCUGUAAAUCGAUGUCUUCCUGAAAAUCUACAUCUUCCUGAAAAUCCACGUCUUCCAAGAAAUCCACGUCUUCCCGGAAAAUCCAAGUCUUCCCAAAAAAUCCAUGUCUUCCUGGAAAUCCACGUCUUCCUGAAUAUCUACGUCUUCCUGAAAAUCCAAGUCUUCCCAAAAAAUCCAGGUCUUCCUAGAAAUCCAUGUCUUCCUGGAAAUCUACGUCUUCCUGGAAAUCCAUGUCUUCCCAGAUAUCCAUGUCUUCCCAAAAUUCAGGUCUUCCUGGAAAUCCAUGUCUUCCUGGGUAUCUACGUCUUCCUGGAAAUCCAUGUCUUCCUGAAAAUCUAUGUCUUCCUGAAAAACCAUGUCUUCCUGAAAAUCCAUGUCUUCCCAGAAAUCCAAGUCUUCCCCAAAAUCCAGGUCUUCCUGAAAAUCCAGGUCUUCCCGGAAAUACACGUCUUCCUGAAAAUCUACGUCUUCCUGAAAAUCCAUGUCUUCCUGGAAAUCCAUGUCUUCCCAAAUAUCCAAGUCUUCCCAAAAAUCCAAGUCUUCCUGGAAAUCCACGUCUUCCAGAAAAUUCACGUCUUCCCGGAAAUCCAUGUCUUCCCAGAAAUCCACGUCUUCCUGGAAAUUAAAGUCUUCCCAAAAAAUUCAGGUCUUCCUGGAAAUCCACGUCUUCCUGAAUAUCUACGUCUUCCUGAAAAUCCAAGUCUUCCCAAAAAAUCCAGGUCUUCCUAGAAAUCCAUGUCUUCCUGGAAAUCUACGUCUUCCUGGAAAUCCAUGUCUUCCCAGAUAUCCAUGUCUUCCCAAAAUUCAGGUCUUCCUGGAAAUCCAUGUCUUCCUGGGUAUCUACGUCUUCCUGGAAAUCCAUGUCUUCCUGAAAAUCUAUGUCUUCCUGAAAAACCAUGUCUUCCUGAAAAUCCAUGUCUUCCCAGAAAUCCAAGUCUUCCCCAAAAUCCAGGUCUUCCUGAAAAUCCAGGUCUUCCCGGAAAUACACGUCUUCCUGAAAAUCUACGUCUUCCUGAAAAUCCAUGUCUUCCUGGAAAUCCAUGUCUUCCCAAAUAUCCAAGUCUUCCCAAAAAUCCAAGUCUUCCUGGAAAUCCACGUCUUCCAGAAAAUUCACGUCUUCCCGGAAAUCCAUGUCUUCCCAGAAAUCCACGUCUUCCUGGAAAUUAAAGUCUUCCCAAAAAAUUCAGGUCUUCCUGGAAAUCCACGUCUUCCUAAAAAUCUAAGUCUUCCUGAAAAAUCCACGUCUUCCUGGAAAUCCAUGUCUUCCCGGAAAUCCAAGUCUUCCCCAAAAAUCCAAGUCUUCCUGGAAAUCCAUGUCUUCCUGGAAGUCGAAGUCUUCCCAAAAAUCCAGGUCUUCCUGGAAAUCCAUGUCUUCCUGGAAAUCCGCGUCUUCCUGAAAAUCUAUGUCUUCCUGAAAAUCCACGUCUUCCUGAAAAUCCAUGUCUUCCCGGAAAUCCAAGUCUUCCCAAAAAUCCAGGUCUUCCUGAAAAUCCAGGUCUUCCUGGAAAUCCAUGUCUUCCCAAAAAAUCAACAUCUUCCCAGGAAAUCCACGUCUUCCUGAAAAUCUACGUCUUCCUGGAAAUCCAUGUCUUCCCAAAAAAUCCACAUCUUCCCAGGAAAUCCGCGUCUUCCUGAAAAUCCACGUCUUCCUGGAAAUCCACGUCUUCCUGACAAUCCACGUCUUCCUGGAAAUCCAUGUCUUCCUAAAAAUCCACAUCUUCCUGAAAAUCCACGUCUUCCUGGAAAUCCAUGUCUUCCUAAAAAUCUACAUCUUCCUGAAAAUCCACGUCUUCCUGAAAAUCUACGUCUUCCUGAAAAUCUACGUCUUCCUGGAAAUCCAUGUCUUCCCAGAUAUCCAUGUCUUCCCAAAAAAUUCAGGUCUUCCUGGAAAUCCACGUCUUCCUGAAAAUCCAGGUCUUCCCAGAAAUCCAUGUCUUCCCAGAAAUCAAUGUCUUCCCAGAAAUCCACGUCUUCCUGGAAAUUCACGUCUUCCUGAAAAUCUACGUCUUCCUGAAAAACCACGUCUUCCUGAAAAUCCAUGUCUUCCUGGAAAUCCACGUCUUCCGGAAAUCCAAGUCUUCCCAAAAAAUUCAGGUCUUCCUGGAAAUUUACGUCUUCCUGGAAAUCCAUGUCUUCCUAAAAAUCUACGCCUUCCUGAAAAAUCCACGUCUUCCUGGAAAUCCACGUCUUCCUGAAAAUCCAAAUCUUCCCUGAAAUCCAAGUCUUCCCAAAAAAUCCAGGUCUUCCGGAAAUCCAUGUCUUCCUGAAAAUCUACGUCUUCCUGGAAAUCCACGUCUUCCUGAAAAUCUAUGUCUUCCUGGAAAUCCACGUCUUCCUGAAAAUCUAUGUCUUCCUGAAAAUCCAUGUCUUCCCAGAAAUCCACGUCUUUCCAGAAAUCGAAGUCUUCCCAAAAAAUCCACGUCUUCCUGAAAAUCCACGUCUUCCUGGAAAUCCAAGUCUUCCCAAAAAAUCCAGCUCUUCCUGGAAAUCCAAGUCUUCCUGGAAAUCCAUGUCUUCCCGGAAAUCCCAGUCUUCCCAAAAAAUCCAGGUCUUCCUGGAAAUCCACGUCUUCCUGAAAAUCUACGUCUUCCUUAAAAUCCAGGUCUUCCUGGAAAUCCAAGUCUUCCCAAAAAAUCCACAUCUUCCCUGGAAAUCCGCGUCUUCCUGAAAAUCCACGUCUUCCUGGAAAUCCAUGUCUUCCUGGAAAUCCACGUCUUCCUGAAAAUCCACAUCUUCCUAGAAAUCCAUGUGUUCCCAGAAAUCCAUGUCUUCCCAGAAAUCCAAAUCUUCCCAAAACAUCCAGGUCUUCCUGGAUAUCCAUGUCUUUCUGCAAACCUAUGUCUUCCUGGAAAUCAAGGUCUUCCCGGAAAUUUAAGUCUUCCCAAAAAAUCCACAUCUUCCCAGGAAAUCCACGUCUUCCUGGAAAUCCAUGUCUUCCCGGAAAUCCACGUCUUCCCAAAUAAUCCAGGUCUCCCUGGAAAUCCAUGUCUUCCCAAAAAUCUACGUCUUACUGAAAAUCCACGUCUUCCUGAAAAUCCAAGUCUUCUCAGAAAUCUAAGUCUUCCCAGAAAUCCAAGUCUUCCCAAAAAAUCCAUGUCUUCCUGAAAAUCCAUGCCUUCCUGAAAAAUCUACGUCUUCCCAAAAAUCCGCAACUUCCCAAAAAUCCACAGCUUCCCAGAAAUCCACGUCUUCCUGGAAAUCUUUGUCUUCCUGAAAAUCCACGUCUUCCCAAAAAUCCACAGCUUCCCCAAAAUCCACAGCUUCACGAAAAUCCAAGUCUUCCCAAAAAUCCACAUCUUCCUGGAAAUCCACGCCUUCCUGGAAAUCCACGUCUUUCUGAAAAUCCAUGUCUUCCUGGAAAUCCACGCCUUCCUGGAAAUCCACGCCUUCCUGGAAAUCCACGCCUUCCUGAAAAUCCACGUCUUCCUGAAAAUCCACGUCUUCCUGAAAAUCCACGUCUUCCUGAAAAUCCACGUCUUCCUUGAAAUCCACGUCUUCCUUGGAAAUCCAUGUCUUCCUGGAAAUCCACAUCUUCCUGAAAAUCCACGUCUUCCUGAAAAAUCCACGACUUCCCAAAAAUCCACUUCUUCUGGAAAAAUCCAUGUCUUCCAAAAAGUACAUGUCUUCCUACACCUCCAGGUCUUCCAGCAUCUCCAGGGCUUCCAGCAUCUGCCUGUCCUCCAACAUCGCCACAUCUUCCAACAUCUGUGUCUUCCAAUAUCUUCAGGUGUUCCUGUAACUACCCAGUCUUCCAUCAGCAGGCUCCAUAUCUGCACCUACCAGUGUCUACUGUGUAUUGGUUUCCGAUAUUCAGGUUUUCCAGUGUCUUCCAUAUACAGUGUUCUGUCUGCAUGUAUGCCUGAAGGCCACAAGAGGGCGCAAGAUACCAUUACAGAUGAAUGUGAGCUACCAUGUGAAUUGAACUCAGGACCUCUGGAAGAACACUCACUUACAGUAGGUACAGUGGUGUGUGAACUGUACCAAGGGUAAUGCAGAAGCAGGUGUUACAGUUGGAGACCCAUCAGUGAGAUCGGGAAGUAGGGGACCCCUGAGAGAUCGCCCUGGGAAGGCUGGCCAGCAGGCCCUUGCCCAGCUCGCAUAUGGUAGGUCCAGUGGCAUGCAAACUGUACCGAGAGUAACGCAGAAGCAGUUGUUACAGCCAGCAGAGGUUCCAGUAGGACACACAACAAGGAAAGCAGCUGGCUAGCAGGGCUCUGAGACAAUCACCUACAAAGAAGUUUUCCUACCAUCUCCAGCCAGAUUCAUCAUGUCAUACUAUCCACACUUCAGCCUCUGGAAAGUUUUCCAGGAUGCUUUUGAAAUAUAUAGAUUAGCUGAGGAGGAGGAGGAGGAAGAAAUGGAAGAGAAGGAGGUGGAGGAAGAAGAGGAAGAAACAGAAGAGGAUGAGGAGGAAGAGGAAGAAAUGGAAGAGGAGGAGGAGGAAGAAGAAGAAGAGGAGGAAGAGGAUGAAAAGGAAGAGGAGGACGACGAAGAUGAGGCCGAGGAGGCAGGGGCAGCCACUUAUAGCGACAGCAUCUUGUCUACAUCAUCUGCCUCUUUAAGAUUCACUUUGCCCUCCUUCUGUGCUUCCUCACCUUCCGCUUCCUUAUCACAUCCUCUGUUUUGGAGCAAUCCAGAUGAGGCAGAAGAGUCUGCUACCUGGAUGCUGAGUAUUUCACAGAGUUACCAGAGCUCUUACUCCUUUACUUCACAUAUCAACUUAGUUGAAGAAUAUGGCAGCCCAGAAGAAGAGAGUUUAAACACUUCGAAGUUGACAGACGAAGUUUCCGCAUGGCAAAAUCUCAAAAAGCAAAAGGUCACUGAACUGGUGAAUCUCCUGCUCCUGAAAUAUAGAAUGAAAGAACCUAUCCAGGAAAUGGAAAUGCUCGGGGUUCUCACCAAAGACCACAAGAAACAAUUCCCUGCCAUCUUUGAGGAAGCUGCUAAGUGCUUAGAGAUGAUUUUUGGCGUUGAUAUAAAGGAAGAUGAUCCUGUAAGCAGCUCUUACGUGCUUACCAACACACUAAACCUCACAUAUGAUGACAACAACAGGAGGUUGCCUAGAAAUGCCUUCCUGAUAGUUAUUCUGGGUGUAAUAUUCAUAGAGGGGGACUGUGCCUCUGAAGAAAGCAUGUGGGAAUUCCUGAAUAUGUUAGGAAUAUAUGAUGGGAAGGAGCAUUUCAUUUAUGGGGAGCCCAGGGAGUUCCUCACUAGAGAUUUAGUGCAGCAAAAUUAUCUGAAAUAUAGGCAGGUGCCCGAGAGUUAUCCUCCACGUUAUGUGUUCCUGUGGGGUCCAAGAGCCUACUCUGAAACCACCAAGAUGAAAGUUCUUGAAUUUUUGACCAAAUUUACAAGGAGGGAACCAAUGUAUUUCUCAUCUUUAUAUAAUCAGGCAUUGAGAGAUGAGGGCUCCAGAAAUGGCCCCAUGGAGGAUUAGUACCAUUUUGAUAACAACAUGGGGCAACCCAAUUACUGAUUUUAAAAGGGACAGUCAAAAUUUUAAGUAAGGGGAGAAUGUCAGUGUUAGUCUGGGCCAUGCGGAGAACACACUAUAGUGCAACUUUGUGUUCUGGUUUUAGAUGAUGAUAAUUGGUUCAUCUAUUUUCUCUUUAGAUGUUUUUUUCAGUGCUCGUCUUCAUAAUUGAAAGUGUGGUCCAUUUCCUUUGCAAUGCAAGUUUUUGAUUACUUACAUCUGUUCUUGUACCAGAUUUUGAGAAAAUGUAGGGAAACUAUUCAAUGGUCAAUCUUUGAGUUGCUUUAAUACUUUUAGUCAGGCCGGGUGAUGGUGGCGCAUGCCUUUAAUCCCAGCACUUGGGAGGCAGAGGCAGGCGGAUCUCUGAGUUCGAGACCAGCCUGGUCUACAAGAGCUAGUUCCAGGACAGGCU